GCCAGCUUCACCCAACGAAUUUCUGCCCGUCCCACACCUCUCAGGGGUACAGAAAAGCCAUGCCAGAGCAAGCGUAGCAAGUGAGGCCUAUCAGAAAGCUGUUCCUUGCUUUGCCCACAGCCACCUUAAGCGCAAAGGCUGCCGGGAGAAAGCGCGAGUAUAGGAAUCAGGGAGGCCUACCCUGUCCUUUGGUCGGUACUCUUAGAUGGUUGGCUACGCGCGGUUUCACUACUAGGCCGCGCGCUCCAGCGCGUCCCCACCAUGGAGCAGUUGUUAGCCGACGCGUUACUCUCGCAAUGCUCCGACUCGAGCGCGUUGCUCCGGACGGUGUGCGGCGAAGACCGGCCGCUCUCAGUCCAGCAAGCGGAGACGUUGCGUUUCCUUCUCGAACGGCUGGCGGCGACGGGCGGCUGGCGUGGGCAGCGUAGUGAGAAGGACGCAGCGCAGCGAGUAGCCUGGGAAGCGGCGCUGGGUCGCUGCCUCCCGGUCCUUCUCGGCGGCAGCACCUUGGCGGGGGAAUCCCCGGAGGAGCGGCUGCGCUUGGUGAGAGCAGCCUGCGGAGCACUGCGUUGUUGCGCCUCGCUUUGCGGGCCCCCCCUAGCGGAGCGGGUGGCGAGGGAGUCGCUGGAAGGCAGCGAGGGGCCUGAGCGGCUGCAGGUUGAAACCGCCGUCGCGGUCCUGACGGCCGUGGCCUCUUGGCUGGAAGAGCCGGCGCUCCUGAGGCGAACCGUGGGGACGGCCCUGAGGUUGCUGUGGGGGGACGGAGAGGACAAUGAAGAGGAGAAAGCGUUGUUGGCGGCCGGGAGGCUAUUACCAGCGCUGGGGCGAAAUAGCGCCGCCCUUGGGCACGUCUGGGAAGGACUGAUGCUCCCGCCCAACGAUGCCCCCCAGCGGGUGAGCCGGACCCUGCUGGUCUUGAGCGCUCUCUCUGACGCGGUAUUUCCGGCGGACCCGCGGCAACAGAAUGAGGGUUCCAGUGGUGAGGCUGCUCAGUUGCUGGAUGCCAGGCUCUGUAGUAGCUUCUGGAAAGUGGUGCAAAAGGGCCUGACGGAGAGCGAUGCCCUGUGUAGGAAAAGAGCCCGUUAUUUGCUGAAGCGAGCUGUUGAUGUUUCUGAGAAACUACGUGUGGAGUGCAGAUGCAACUCGGACACCGGAAAUGAACCAUGUCUGUUUUGGUGGUGUGCUGAAAAAAAUGAUGAACUUGCUCAGUUUUGGGAAAAUUACAUUUUAAUUAUGGAGACUCUGGAAGGAAAUCAGAUACAUGUUAUAAAGCCAGUAUUACCAAAGUUAGAUAGUUUAUAUGAACAUGCGGUAUCAGGACAAAAAGAUUGUUGGGUGUUUCACCCAUCGUGGCAUGUGUGCAUUUACAAAAGGAUGUUUGAAAGUGAAAACAAAACAUUGACCAAGGAAGGUGUAAUUCACUUUCUUGAUAUAUGGCAAAUAAAACACCUCCCCACAUCACCAGGGUUUUCAGAGUUCAUUAUUGGCCCUUUAAUGGAUGCUCUUUCAGAAAGUUCUCUUUAUAGCAGGCUAUCAGGUCAGAUUAUGGGAACUUGCCCUCCUUUAGGAAUGAAGCUGCAGACCUUCUUGGCUACUUACUUCACAAGCCUUCCAGAGAAAGAAAAAAGUAGUUUUUUGUUAAAGUUUAUACAGAAGAUGAGCAGUCGGCACUGGUGUGCCGUUCCCAUUUUGUUUCUCUCCAUGGCACUGGCCCAUAUUCCAGCAUGUAGAGUGCUAGAUACUGAAGGACUCCUAGCUCUGAGAGACGUCCUGCAGUGUACUAUGAUCACACAUCAGAUUCUACUACGAGGAGCUGCUCAGUGCUAUCUUCUUAAAGCAGCCAUAUUCUUGACAGAUGUAGAGAAAGUAUCCUUUUCAGAUAUUUCAAACUUCAUCAUAUGUCUGAGACCAGAAGAGUCAUUAGGCAGAGGGACUGUUUUGUGGACAAUGCUUUGUAAUUGGUUGAAUGUAAAUGACAAGCACUUUCAAAACCCUUUAAACUGCAAUGUGCCUCAAGACAAAGCUGCAUUAAGUGUUUAUGUGCAAUCCCUUGUCGAGGAUUAUUUGAAAACACCUAUAGCCAAUACUGCGGAAGACUGCCUUAUGCCUGACUGGUUUGAAGCUAAACUUGUUGCUACAAUGGUUCUACUGGCUGCAGAUGUGGAAGAGAUAAAGCAUGAAUACAAUGUCAAUGGCACCACAGAACGGAGUGAGCUGAAGGCUCUCCUAAACCCUCUACUGGAUGUCUUGCUGAAACUUGGCACUAAUCCCUACAUCUCAUCACUGAAAGCCGAUAAAAGCCUACAGCUACUAUUGAAGUUACUACAGACUUGUUCAGUCAAAUGUUCCUGUCCACAGCUUGAUGGGAUAAUCACAUUUAUCCAGAAUUCAUUUAUGACUACCACAGAAAGUAUUUUGGGUUUUCUCCUCAGAAGACUUACUGCAAAUGAAUUAACUACUAUUUCAGAUCUGCAGCGCUGUAAUUUAUAUCUAGAAGUGUUGUCAGAGCUAAUGAACAUCUGCACAGUCAUUGACUGGAAAAAGGGACCAUCGAUUUGCAACUUCAUCUCUUCCCUAAUAAAUGCAUCCCUCUGCAAUCUUCAAGAGAUAAAUAGCGAAAAGGAGGUGAAACUUGGGGAACAGAUUCAGAAGGCAGUGAGUAUGGCAUCACUAAGUGUGAUUUGUGAAAUUAUUCAUAGGAAGCCAGACCUUCAGCUUGAAUCUCUCCCAGCUAUUGACAGCCUGAAAACAACUAUUUCCUGUGCUCGACUUAACCAUGUAUUAAAGAAGCCUUGCAGUAUGGAAGAAAAUAGAUAUCUUGAGGAGCCAACAUCUCAUCAUGGAUGGGGGAAAAUUGUAGCACGUUACAUACAUGAUCAGUGGGUUUGUCUUCAUUAUAUUCUCAACAGUUACCAAAAGCUUUCUAAGGACAACGCUCUGGAGCACUUUUUGCCUGAUGUUCAAAUGUGCACAAGAACGUUACAAUCUGCACUGGAAGCAAUAACUAUUCUUCCUUCUGAUUAUGUGUUAUCUGUGUUUCAUUCCAUGAAAAUAGUCCUUUCCAAGCUCCUGGACUCUUCUGAAUCUCUGUGCAUAGAGGCUUUUGACUUGGCAUGGAAAAUUAUAUUUACUCUUAGUAACACACAGCUGAUCUUUUGGCCUAAUUUAAAAGCUUUUGUUCAGUUUGUGUUUGAUCCUGAAAUUCUUGCUGUGGCAGCAAAGAACAAGAGUCAAGCAUACACCAAGAUAAAAGAGAUCAUAUUCCAGAUGAUUGAAAUGUCCUCUACAAGGACUGGAGUCUUUAAUAUGCUGCUGAGUUAUUGCUGUCAGUCUUGGCUAUUUCCUACUUCUGAUGACACAAGUGCUGCUGAAAAAGCCUUUUCAAAUGCUGGCAAUUACAGUGAACUUGUCAUAGAGGCCUGCUUGUUCGGAACUGUUUUCAGGCGCGAUCAAAGACUCGUUCAGGAAGUGUGUUCUUUCAUAGAAAAUCUUGGAGAUGAAUGUGCAGCAAAUGUUGUUACAGAAAGUACGAACAGAGAUGACCAUUAUGUGCGAGUUUGUGCCAUCAAAUUUCUGUGCUUGCUGGAUGAGGAAAAUUCACUGCAUAGGAAGUUUAUAGAAGACUUUGUCAUGAAACUACUUGAUAAAGGUGAACUCAUAUCCAAAUCAAAAAACGGCUAUUAUGUGAACUCCUUACAACACAGAAUUAAAAAUCGACUGUGGCAGACAUUGUUAGUUCUGUUCCCAAAACUUCAUGAGGACAUUUUAACAAGAACUGUUGACAGGAUUCUACAGGCUGGUCAUAGUAAUAAUCAAGCAUCUGUAAAGUACUUAAUAGAAUGGAAUCUCAUCUUGAUUCUACAUAAGUUUCCCCAAUUUCUUCAAAAAUUCUGGGCUUGCUUUAAAUACGGUGAAGAACAGCAUAAAACUAGCAUUUGCACAUUUUUAGCAGUGAUGUCACAUUUUGACAUCAUUCUCCAAAAUAUAUCUGAAAAGACGCCAGCUUUGAAGAAAGCCCUAGUUGUUGUCCUACAGUGGUGUUUCCAUCACAAUUUCAGUGUUCGACUUUAUGCUUUAAUAGCUCUUAAGAAAAUUUGGAGAAUGUGCAAAGCAUUGUGUGUGGAAGAUUUUGAAACUUUAAUUCCAGUUAUUGAAUGUAGUCUUAAUCAAGCAGAAAACAUGCAUGGAACAGGGAAUGCUAAAAAGAAUUGGCAGCGCAUCCAAAAACACUUUUUCUUUGAAAACUUUCAUCCACUUAAGGAUUACUGUGUUGAGACAAUAUUUUGCACCCUGCCACGUCUUUCAGAAAUUGCAGAGGAGGAGUGGAUUUCUCUAUCUAAAUUUACAGCAUUCACAGAUGUUCCACUGAGCUCAACAUUUCCAUGGUACCAUUCUCGAACUUCACUUCUCGAUCUGAAGCCAAGUGACUGGUCUCAGCAAAAUAUGGGUUCAGCUGAGCCAAGUAACCAAAGACAAUGGACAGAUGUUCAAAAAAAGAUAAUUCCUUGGAAGGACAGCACUCCUGAUUUGGAACUUGUAUUUCAGGAUCGGGCUACUAAACUUGGUAAAGCAAAUAAUAAACUGAUUGUAGUAGCUUCACUCAUUGAUAAACCCACCAAUUUGGGAGGCUUGUGCCGUACAUGUGAAAUAUUUGGGGUGGCUGCUCUAAUUGUUGGGAGCUUUCAUUACAUAAAUGACAAACAAUUUCAGUACCUUAGUGUUUCUGCUGAACAAUGGCUUUCCCUUAUUGAGGUCAAGCCAUUCCAGCUUGCUGAUUAUUUGGAUCAGAAGAAAAUGGAAGGCUACACUAUAAUAGGUGUAGAGCAAACAGCUAAAAGUUGUGAUCUAACAGAAUAUUGUUUCCCAGAGAAAUCCCUCUUGUUGCUGGGAAAUGAGCAUGAGGGAAUCCCUGCAAAUCUAAUUCAGCAGUUGGACACUUGUGUAGAAAUUCCUCAGCAAGGAGUUAUUCGGUCACUUAAUGUCCAUGUAAGUGGAGCUCUACUUAUUUGGGAAUAUGUAAGGCAACAGAUCAUCAAGGAAAAGCAGCGAAGAUAAAUAUACAAAUCUUGUUAAAGCUGCUGCUCUGAUGGUGCUUUAAAAUCCGAAGAGUAAUUACAGAUGCCACACAAAGAAAUGUUUUAUAUUUUGCAUGCCUUCAUUUUAAAAAGAACACAAAUGCCUUAAACCAUGACUGUAUUAAAAUAUUCACUGAUACUAAAUAUUCUUUCAGUAUACAAGUUUCUUGGUGUGAUUUAAAUGUGUUUGUUGUUGAAAAUACCACCUCUUGAUAUUAUUAUGAGGUGGUUCCCAAUGACCAUUUGCAGCAGGGCGGCAAGUCAUACACUUUGUGUGGCCCCAGCAGCCACACAGAGCUGCUGAGGCACGAGUUAGUGGCCCUACUGCUUCCUUGUGACAUAAGGACAUAAGAAAUUGGACCAAAGGCUCCUGUAGUCUAGCACCCUGCUUAUUCUUCCAGUGGUCAACCAAAUGCCUCUGGGAAGCCCGCAGGCAAGACAUGAGCAGAAGAGAACCACUUGCAUUCUCUAACAGCUGGUGUUCAGAGGCAUACUGCUUCUGAUACUAAUGGUAGUAGAGAGUCACCCGCAGAAUUUAAAAGAAUAUGUCUAAAGCCAUUCAAGUUGGUGUGGUAGUGAUUUCCAGAAUUAAACUAUACACUGUGUGAAUAAGUACUUCUUCCUUUGGUGUGGUGUCCCAAAUCUUCGUCCCCAAGUUCUAGUAUUAUGAGAAAAAGGGAAAAGUUCUCUGUGUCCACUUUCUCCACACCAUGUAUACACCUUCACCAUGUCCCUUCUUACU